AGUAUUAAUAUAUUGAGUUUUGAAACUGUUUUUAUUAGUUGAUUACCAACAAUAAGUUGAUUUAAAAUGAGUUUAAAAUUACUUUGGUCUCAAUUGAGAUCGAUGUUCAUCAAAGAUCAACUCAUCCGAAAACGACAUUAUAUUAUUACUCUAUUUGAAUUGUUUCUUCCUAUUCUAUUGGUUCUUAUUCAUAUUAAUACUUAUACAUCAGAUUCUCAGACUGAACAUUUCCGAUCGGAAGGUUCAGUUUCAUCUUUGACCGUUUCUGCUCCUGUUUAUUUGGAAAAUUCUGACUAUUAUUAUGAUCAAACUUUCAUGUGCUACUCAUUUGGUCAGUCAUUUUUUUACACUUCUCCUGGUUCAGUGGUUGACCAGAUUUGGGCUCCAGAUUAUCGGACUUGUGGCCUGCUAACGAAGUCAUUUGAUACAACAAAGGAUGUGAUUAAAGCCUGGGGUGACAAGAUCACCAAGAAAUCGUAUUCUGCAAACGUUGCUCUUUUCUUUGAUUCCUUUGAUCUCGAAAAAGGUAUUUCUAGCUACACUGUAAGUGGUCAAGCAAUCGACUACAAUGACCCAUGGGAUGAGCCUGUGUAUGCGACUUAUGAUGAUUAUUUAAGGGCACAAUCGAUUGUGAAUAUUUUACUGGCUAAUCAUCCGAAUGAACAAAAAUUGACUUCAAAAGAUUUCGCUUAUUUUUAUACCACUAAAUUGUUCAAUGAAGGUAAUCCUCUAUUACUCUUUAAAAUAACCGAUUCAUCAACUAAAUCGAGGAAAAGUGAUCUUAAUCAUGGUACACAAAAUUUAGGCAAUUCUUUAAGAUUUUAUCAGGCUUAUGUUUUACUUGAGAUCGGAUUUAUUUACGUGUCUACUUUAAUCGUCCGUCGGGUUGUCCGAGAAAAGAAUACCAAUUCAAAGGAGUUAUUGAGGAUCAUGGGACUGACCGAUCUUAUUUAUUGGUUCUCACAUUUCAUCAAUUAUUUUACUCUUUCCAUUUUCCAUGGAACAAUAAUUACGUCCAUCUACUCAAUUUCCAGUGAUAUAAACCCUUAUCAUGGUUGGAAUCCAAGUCUAUUCUGGUUCAACUACGUCACAAAUAGUGCCACCAGAAUCCUUUUCUCGUUUGCUCUGACUACUUUUCUUACACGUCCAAUCAUCGCUGUAUUAAUUGUUAUCGUUGGUCAAGCAGGUUUAGCGUAUUUACCUUCUGCUGCAGGAACAGCUACAAGAAAUAUUCUCUGGAUUUCACCGAAAGUUUGGGCUAGUUUACUGCCCAGUGGUCAAUUACACUACUCGAUUUACGAUAUUUUCUAUUUUGGUGAAAUAAAGGAUAAAGUCAAAUGGUCACAAAUAUUUUCAUCAAUUGAAAUUGACCAGUCCUUAAAACUUUGGUCCGUCUAUUUGGUGGGAAUCGUUUCAUGGAUCCUUUACAUAGUGCUGGUUUGGUACCGCGAUGCGAUAUGGCCUUGGCAAAGUGGAGCACCUAAACCUUGGCAUUUUCGGAUUUCUCGAUUCUUUUCGUCUACAACAAUGGAUAUCGAAAUUGAUUCGAUAGCAAUAACGAACAAUGAAAAUGAUGAAACAUCGAGUUCAAAUAAAAAUAAUGAAUGUGAACCAGAAAAUUUAGGCUCAAGUAUUCGAUGUAACAACUUGUACAAAUCAUUUGGUUCUAUGGGUUCGAAAAAGUUUGCUGUCAAUGGAGUGAACGUUAAUAUUCUCAAAGGUCAAAUAACUGUUCUCUUAGGUCACAAUGGUGCUGGUAAAACGACCACAAUGUCCAUGAUCACUGGAAUAUUAAAACCUUCGUCUGGUAACAUUUAUGUCAAUGGAAUUGAUGUUCAUAAGAAUACGGUAGCUGCUCGUCGAUGUCUCGCUUUGUGUCCUCAACAUGAUUUACUAUUCGAAGAUCUCACUGUUCGAGAGAAUCUAGAGCUUUGUGGUGGACUUCGAGGAUUAAGUCGACAGACUAAGAAAGAACUUAUUCCAUUGAACAUGAAACGAGUAAAUUUAACAGAAAAAUCAAACACAUUAGCAAGUAAUUUAUCGGGAGGAAUGAGACGUCGUCUUCAAUUGGCCUUGGCUCUUUCGACAGCAUCAGAGAUAUUGAUUCUCGAAGAGCCAACGUCAGGUUUAGAUCCAGAGUCUCGAAGACAAUUGUGGGAUCUUUUGUUAGAACUGAGAAAAGACUUGACAAUAUUAUUGACAACUCAUUUUAUGGAAGAAGCUGAUGCAUUGGGAGAUCGUAUAAUUAUCAUGGGCUCAGGUAAAGUAAAAUGUUCAGGAUCAUCGAUGUUUCUUAAGAAACAGUUCGGAGCUGGAUAUUCAGUUCGACUGGCUAAAGAUGCUUGGGCGUAUAAACCCAAUGAGCUAAGUUCUUUAGUGCAGAAAUAUUUCCAGGAAGCAAAAGUUACGAAUGAGACAAAUGCAGAAAUCGUUUUUCAGCUGAAUGAUAAAUCGUAUCAAAAAUCAAUAACUGCGCUAAUAGAUCUUUGUGACACUCUCGACAAUAACUUAUCUUCUUUUGGCAUAACUUCUUAUAGUAUUUCCGUGACAACACUCGAAGAUGUUUUCCUCAAAGUCGCAGAGGAUGAAGGUGAAAGUAAACAAACAACAAUCUCAAUGGAAGACAAAUUGUUCGAAGUGAAUAAGAUACUUGAUUAUAAAAAGUUGACUGGAUUAUCAUUGAUGAUGCAAAGAUUAAGAGGAUUAAUAAUGAAGCGCUUUCAUUACACUAAACGACAUUACAAGACGAUCGGAUUCACAAUCAUCUUACCUGCAAUUGUAUUUUUCUUUACAUUUCUUGCUUCUCGAAAUGCAAUGAGUGUCGUUGGACGCGAGGGUCACGAUUAUUCUGAUUCAAUAACAAUGGACUUGAAAAAGAUUUAUGGUCCAAACGCUAAGGCAGUAAUUCGAGCAUCAUUAGCUGAACAUUCGCCUUUUAUUGAUUCAUACCGACAAAUUAUGAGCGAAUCUGGAAUUCAAGUGAUCGAAAUUGAAUCAUCCAUUUCAUUAGAUGAUUAUUUUAAAACAAGUUCCCAAAGUCGUGAACAGUUCAUGAGGGAAAAUAUCUUUGGAAUUAUUGAAGAUUCAUCGAAACCAAGAGGAUUCGCUGCUUGGCUUAACCCGAAAGCGGCCUUAUCUCUACCGUUGUCCAUCAGUGCUUGGCAAAAUGCGCUGAUACGUAGUCUUGGUGAUGGAAAACGGAAUCAAUCCAAAGUCUCAAUAACUUACAAAUCGAUGCCGAAUCGAUAUACUACUGAGCCUUAUUACAAAUCUGUUAUAGCUAAAAUUGUAUCAGGUUUUUUCUCUCCAAUUGCCUUUAGUCUAAUCGCUGUCUCUUAUUUCCUCUUCCCUUCAACUGAAGCUCAAAAUAAGUGUAAUUUAAUCCAAAAGAUGAAUGGUAUAAGACCCUCAAUGUUCUGGUCAAGUCAUUAUGCUUUUGAUUUCUGUUAUCAUCUUAUUGUAACAGUUGUUAUCUUCAUUUCGAUUAGCAUUGUUGAUCAAUUUCCAUUUGUUGCAUUCAAGGUUGUCGCGUCCAUCUUCGUAUUAUUGAUACUUUUUGGUAUUGCGUCGAUUCCGUUGUUUUAUUUAUUCUCAUUUCUGCCUUUGACAACUGAUGGCGGAUUCUCAUUAUUGGUAUCGAUUUCACUUAUUGGUACUCUUGUCAGUUCAGGAUUAGCAACAUCUCUAUCGAUGUUCGACGAGGUGAAAUCUCUUUAUGUACUGCUUGGAGACUUAUUCCCACCAUUUGCAGCUUCUUUUGGACUAUUGAAAAUUUAUUCUUCAACAACAUUGGAGACUAAUUGUGAAAAGAUUGAUGCUUGUCCUAAUGGAAAUCAUGUGUCUAUGCAAUAUUGUUGCAACGAAGAUCUGAGUUACAAGCGAUUUACUAUUUUCACCAUGAGUGAUAGUGGAAUUGGCACUGAAGUAAUCAUGCUUAUAGUUGAUACUGUUUUGUACACAUUGGUAUUGAUCAUUCUGGAUAUGAACUUGCAUCGAUUUGGAUAUUGGUACGAAUCGAUUCGUGCAAGAUUAUCAUCAGAUGGAAAAUCCGAAAAUGGUGUUGAAGAUGAAGAUGUAGUACGAGAAAGAGAUUGAGUAAAACAAUUGAUUGGUUCAAAUGGAAUACGAAAUGAAGCUUUAAUUGUUGAUGGUUUAACUAAAGAUUUUGGUUCAUUUCGAGCUGUUGAUAGGAUUACUUUCGGUGUACAUAAAGCAGAGUGUUUUGGUUUGUUGGGUGUUAAUGGUGCAGGUAAAACAACAACAUUCCGAAUGUUAACUGGAGAUAUUAUGGUUACUUCGGGAGAUGGUUAUGUGGGAGGAUAUUCAUUGCGAAAAGAUUUACUCAAUUUCCAACAAUCAAUAAGUUAUUGUCCACAAUUUGAUGCGCUACUUGACAAUUUAACUCCAGUGGAAAGUUUAAUGUUAUUUGCACGAAUCAGGGGAAUGCCUGAAAGUAAAGUAAAGGAUAAUGUAAAUUAUAUAAUUGAAUCAACUGAUUUAACUUCAUUCGCCAACACAUGUAAUCAGAAUCUAAGUGGUGGUAAUAAGAGGAAAUUAUCAUUGGCCAUUGCAUCUAUUGCUAAACCAGAGGUGAUUUUCUUGGAUGAACCAACCACAGGUGUAGAUCCAGCAUCGAGACGGAAAAUAUGGUCCACAUUGAUUCAUCUUCGUGAUACAAGUGGAUCAUCAAUUGUACUAACCAGUCACUCUAUGGAUGAAUGUGAAGCCUUAUGUUCACGAAUCGGUAUAAUGGCUCGAGGCAAUUUCAAGUGUCUUGGUUCAUCUCAACAUUUAAAAGAAAAGUUUGGACUUGGAUUUACAUUGAUAAUUAAAAUGACUCAAUCCAAUCAAUCGGUCCAAACCAAUCAACAAUCCAAUCAACAACCUAAUCAAUCGGUCCAAUCCAAUCAACAAUUGGAUAAAAUUAAAAGAUGGAUGGUCGAGAAAUUCCCUUCGUCCAUUUUGAGAGAUGUUCAUCAAACUAUUCUUCAUUAUCAUAUAACGGACACUUCACUUCGUUGGGGUGAAAUGUUGAGGUGUUUAGAUGAAGCAAAACGAUUAUUGCCCAUUGAAGAUUUUACUUUAACUGGAACAACAUUAGAACAAAUUUUCUUAUCAUUUGCUAAGCAAACUUAACUUUAAUUAUUCUCAUUACAGUUUCAUUCAUUAACAUCAAUUAUCAUUUUUUUAAAAUCUAUUUAAUCAAUAAACAUUUAAGAUUCACU